AUGUUCCUGGAUGGAUAUGCUUGCAACAAGGUGAAGCCCCGUCUCACACUGUACUACGUUAUUCGGGACCGCCUCCUGGACAUCCCCUGCAAAGUGUGCGGCGACCGCAGCUCCGGCAAGCACUACGGCAUCUACAGCUGUGACGGCUGCUCGGGCUUCUUCAAGCGGUCGAUCCACCGGAACCGCGUCUACACGUGCAAGGCGGCGGGCGAGCUGAAGGGCCGCUGCCCCAUCGACAAGACGCACCGCAACCAGUGCCGGGCCUGCCGCCUCAACAAGUGCUUCCAGGCCGCCAUGAACAAGGAUGUCGGUGUGCGCGCGCAGAGCGGCAGCCGGGCCGCCGCCUCGCCCGCUGCUCCUGACAGGCAGCUGGGCAGCUCCUCGCGUCUGGACACUGCGUUUCGCGAGCGGCCGCGCCCCCCUCCACCCGACUGGGAGGGGCGCAGGCGGCUGCGCUGCCGUACUUUGCCGCAGCCGCAGCAGACCCGGGCGCCGCGCCGUGACACACGCAAACGGAAGGCGCGGCGCGGCGCUCCUCCAUUACGGCGGCUUAGCCGGGCGCCGCCAGCUAUUUACUCGUUAAAUGGCCCGCCGCCGCCGCCGCCGCCACCGCCGCCGCCAUCGCCACCACCCGCCAGUUUUACUACGCGCCUCUCAGAAGCGGCCGUGCAGCACGAGCGCGGGCCGCGAAAGCCCAAGCACCCGCCCCCGCACGGCCACGGGCACGGGCACGGCGCAGGGGGCGGCCCGCCGGCCGUGGGGGCGGUGGGGGCGGGCCCGGCGCCGCUGGUGAAGGAGCUGCCGCCGCUGCUGCUCCCGCCGCCGCCGCCGCACGUGGCGGCGCCCCCGGGCUCCGCCGCCGCUGCCGCCGCAGCCCUGCAGCCGCCGCCGCCCCCGGCGCCCCAUGUGGCGCACCAGCCGCCCCCGCACAUGUUCCUCGCCGCCCACCACCAGCCGCCGCCGCCCGGCCUCCUCCACAUCCUCAUGUCGGCCGAGAAGUGUCAGGCGGGCCCGGCGGCGGCGCUGGCGCUGUCCCCCACGUGGGAGGUGCUGCAGGAGACGACGGCGCGACUGCUGUUCAUGGCGGUGCGGUGGGUCCGCUGCCUCGCGCCGUUCCAGACGCUCUCCAAGAGGGACCAGCUGCUGCUGCUGCAGGAGUCGUGGAAGGAGCUGUUCCUGCUGCACCUGGCGCAGUGGUCCAUCCCCUGGGACCUGUCGGCGCUCUUCGGCUGCUCCAAGGCGCGCGACCGCCUGCCGCAAGACGACGCCGCCACCAACAUCGAGAUCAAGACCAUCCAGGAGAUCAUGGGCAGGUUCCGGCAGCUGUCGCCAGAUGGCAGCGAGUGCGGCUGCAUGAAGGCCGUCGUACUCUUCACGCCAGAGACGGCGGGCCUGUGCGACGUGCAGCCGGUGGAGAUGCUGCAGGACCAGGCUCAGUGCAUCCUGGGCGACUACGUGCGCAGCCGCUACCCUCGGCAGCCCACGCGCUUCGGCCGCCUGCUGCUGCUGCUGCCCAGCCUGCGCGCCGUGCGCCAGUCCACGGUCGAGCGGCUCUUCUUCAAGGACACCAUCGGCGACAUCCCCAUCCAGCGCCUGCUCGGCGACAUGUACCACAUGGACAAGUACACCUAG